UCCUUCCUCCCUGAAAGCCGCUUCCUCCGCUUGACAAAUGGGGAAACGGAGGCCCAGGUCUGGCUUCUUUGCACCACACGCAGCCCUUCAGACGGGAUUAAGCUUUAUUAAGUGCGUGCCCUGCCUUCGAGGAGCUAACAUUCCAACGGGAAGCGGAAAGGAGGGACAAACCCUAGCAACAAGUCAGUCUCUGUCGCGAUCGUCUCGGUCCUGGGGCUCGGGCGCCCGCCUGUCCCCUCCCUCAACUCCCCAGCCCCCCAGCCCGCUUACAGAAACCAAGAGUCAUCUGCAAUGUUUCAGCUGGCGCCCCCUUCCUUUCCAGCAGCCCCCGGAGAGUGAUCCCCAAAACACUGUCUACAAUCUCAGGUCCGUCCGGGCCAGCCUCCCUCUGCGUUCCACCGGCGCUUCCUGGAGCCCAGUCGGGGUAGCAGGGCGCCUCCAGUCCGGCCCGCGCACGGGUUCCCUGGCUCCAGCCACGGUCGAGUCCAUUCCAACAGCGCUCCUUGAAACGACCUGGCUUCCAUGGGAGCCCCGGGGCGAGGGCGCCGGGCCAGGCCGCUUCCCGCUCGCUCAGGAGCAAUGUGGAUUUGGGCCACAUGGAGAAGGCCCUCGGCCUGCAGCUCAGCUCCUAGCAGAAUCCAGCGGAGGCCGAGGCUCCAGUCUGCUCCCAGUUAGGGAUCAAUGUAUUCCUCGCAAUUUGUCUCAUGCCUCCAAGUAACCUCUGCGAAGGGCUUCACUAUCGCUCCAACUCACAGCAGAGCCCGACGCGGAGGGACCCCCUCCCAGUUCUCAGGCGAGGAUGGAGCUGCCCGGAACUCAUAUUGGCAGCAGAGUAACCUGGGUGCGAGCUCCGAAAGCCUUUGGAGGGGUCCGCUCCAUCACCAAGCAGAGAACUCCGGUACCAGUCCAGCUCAUAGUGGAGUCAAACAGCAUAAGUCUUGUCCCACUGGGUUCGCUCUAGUCUAGCGGCCUGCCUUCCUUCUCUUGAUACGGGAGAGUGAACAAGCCCGAUGGGCAAAUGCCCCCAGCGGGCAAGCCUGAUGGGCAAACGCCCCCAGCAGCAGAGAAAUGGGAUGUUUUGAGCACACAGAAAGCCGUUCAACCCAAAGGCGUCCUGCAAUUCAGGAAAAAGCCUCGGGGCACGAACCCACUAGGCCCACGUUGCCCCCUCUCGCUAAGAACUUAUUAGCAUUGUCCUGGUUUUCUAUUUUUCUGCCGAGCUCUUCUCCCGAGGGUGGUCUUCGGGUCUGACCUGCUCCCUUGUUUUUAACCACACCACAGUCCUGGUCUGUUGGAAAGAAAAAAAAAAUCCUUUUUCCGAGAAAACCAGCUCAUAAAUCA